AUGUCAAAACCUUCAAUCCAUUUUUGUACAAAGUACACCAUCGACAAGAUGCGCAAUUCAGGUCAAACUCCUACUCUAACAGAAUUGCAACAAGCUAUUCUUAGUGAGGCAAAAUACAACAGUAACUGGUCUGCAGCAGUUAUCUUGUUUGAAGAUUUUGAUAGAAUUGUGUGGGAAAGACUAACACGUUUGCUUGACAAAAACAAUGACAAAACAACCGGGCAAUCUAAUAAACAAACCUUAAAAGAAAUAUGGUUACAAACAUCUAUUGCAUUGCAACCAUUAUCUAUUACCGAAUUAAAAUAUGUUAGACAGGUUUACCAGAUUAUGGUUAGAUAUGCACCUACUAUCAAAGAUGUAAGCUAUUAUUACCUUCAUCUACUCAAAAAUCACAUAGAAACUCCUAUUCUGGAUGCUGAAGUUGUCAAUCAUUGUUUGAAUUCAUUGAUUUACCAUAUUUCCUUGAGUAAAGACACAGACUAUUUGACAAGAGGUUUGGAUCUUGUGAAGAUUGCCUUGGGACGUAAUAUGGGUACAGAUAAGAACAAUGUUUUACAAAGUGUAUCAAAAGGAAUUUUGAAAUUUAAUGGCGUUAGAAUAACAAAGAACGGAAAAAAUAUAGAAAAAGAGAGACCAAAUGACAACAAUUUCGAUGAAAAGAAUGCCGAGAAUGAUGAAUGGAAUAAAAAGGAAUAUCCCCCAAAUUGUCAACAAAUUCAACAAGAACAAGAUAACUCUGAGGUCAUUGGAUCUUUAUUCAUUAAAAAAUAUAAUAGAGAAGGGAAUGAUGAAGUAUCAUCAACAUUGUCUUCUCAACAGAAUUAUAAAUUUGAUGAAUUGGAAAGUGAAACUGAAUUCAUUAUUGAUGGUCAUAAAAAAACGAAAAAUAAUCAAUAA